UUCCAAAGUCAAAAUCAGUCAACAGGAAAGUGAAUUUUAAUUCCCUUUUUGGUAGUCGACAGGAUCGGAGUCUCUUACUUUACGAAGUUGGAAGUUUCAGUUGACUCUGUUUGAUCUGUUCUGUAAGCUCAGAAUCUCUGAUCUAGAUCGAUCGGAGUUGAGUUGUGUGUUUUCGACUGAUCUUGAAAAGCUAAUUAAAUCUCUCGUCGAAGGUAAAAAACUUAGCUAUGAACACCAUCGUUGUUGGUCAGUUGCAGAGACAGUUUCAAGACUACAUCGUUUCUCUUUAUCAACAGGGAUAUCUUGAUAAUCAGUUCACUGAGUUGAGAAAAUUGCAAGAUGAAGGCAGCCCUGAUUUUGUAGCUGAGGUUGUCUCUCUCUUCUUUGACGACUGUGCUAAGCAUUUUUAUGAGUUUUAUUAUCGCAUUAGGGAGCGGCCAGAUCAUGUGGAUUUCAAACAGGUGGAUUCAGGGGUGCAUCAACUCAAGGGUAGUAGCUCCAGUGUCGGUGCAAGGAGGGUAAAAAAUGUGUGUAUAGCUUUCAAGGAAUGUUGUGAUGUUCAGAACCGUGAAGGGUGUUUAAGGUGUUUGCAGCAGGUGGAUUAUGAAUAUAAGAUGUUGAAGACUAAACUUCAGGAUCUGUUUAAUUUAGAGCAACAGAUCCUCCAAGCUGGAGGUACAAUUCCUCAAGUUAGUAUGAAUUAGACCGAUGUGUUUCUCGAUUAUGCAAAUGUUCAAGGCUGAAUACGUGAUGAUACCGACACUCCUCUCUUAGUAUUUAUAUAUUGUUGUCGUUGUUGUUGUGUUCUAUAUUGAUUGAUGAGGUUCAGCAACACUGUCCCUAGCCAAAGAUCUUGUCUUGUUUAGACUCUUAAUUGAGUUAUAAGAGUAAAAUCUGAAUUGUAAGUUUAUAAAUAGACAUGUCCAUACUCCAUAUGUAUGUCUAGUUCUCUGUUUGGCCAUGGUUGGCUUCAGGUUAAGUCUGGUGACCAACAUAUGAAUGGUCAUGUUGAUACAAUGGUACUGGUGACUGUUUAUGUUCUUUUGCAUGAAUUUGGUGAUCCCUAAUGACUCUGUGAGCCAAGUUCAAGAACUCGUUUGUUGAAUCUGACGCACAUUUUGUA